UAAGGUACCUUGCCUACAUACGCUGCCUUGAUUAUUAUCUCGAUCCGUCAAAUCGAUCGCUCCCCUGCGUGCAUGAUGGCGAAGAGAUCGACGAGGAGCGGCGGCCGGCUCACCUGUGCCGCCGCAGCUCUGAUGAUGGCCAUUGUUGUGCUGCAGCUGCAGCAGCUCAUGGCAGCCGCCGCCGGCGACAAGCACCACCUGCACUUCUUCAUGCACGACGGGUACACGGGCCCGCGCCCCACGGCGGUGCUGAUCGUGAACGGCACGGGCGCGCCGGUGAUGUCCGGCGUGCGGUUCGGCGACACCGUGGUGAUGGACGACGUGCUGACAGAGGGCCCGAGCCGCGGGUCCCGGCCGGUGGGGCGCGCGCAGGGCACCUACGUCACGGCGUCGCUGGAGAAGGGACAGCCGGCGAUGCUGCUCUCCAUGAACGUCGUGCUCACCGACUACGGCGGCUACAGCGGCAGCACCGUCGUGGUGAUGGGACGCAACGACAUCACGGCGCCCGUGCGCGAGCUCGCGGUGGUCGGCGGCACGGGGAGGUUCCGCAUGGCCACGGGGUACGUGCUCUGGAAGACGGCGAGCUGGAAGGGCAAGAACGCCGUACUCGAGAUCGACGUCUACCUGCGCGUCUGAUAGAUCACCGCGUGGUGACAUCUAUCGCCGUCGAUCGAUCGAGACAUGCAUCCAUGGUGAUAAUGCAUUUGUACGGUCGUGCAUGCGUGUCCGUGCAGUGUGUUAGUUUUUUUUAUCGAAUACGUAAGAGAGCCACGUAUUAUUAUGUUAGUUCUUACGUAAUCAGCAGCUAGAAUAAAACUCGAUCGUGUGCCCAUGGUGUAUUAAUUA